AAAAAGUCUCAGCUGCUAAUCUUAAAAACCUCGCAUAUAAUAUUCUGAAAAACUUCAACAACGAUGUGAUAAAAAAUAAGACUUUUCCCGAGUUGGCCAACUGUACAGAAUGUGAUAAGAAGAUUUUUGCCCGACCUAAUAAAGCAUUCACAACACUCCUAUGUGGUCACGUAUACCAUAGAAUCUGUAUUGAGAAGAAACUUUUACUUAGCAAGCAACUAACGUGUCCAACCCCCAAAUGUGAAAAAAGCAUUGAAAUUCUUGAAGAGUUCACCACACCUGAAAUGGAGUCUAGACGUAAUUCAGAAUCUAGUACUUCUUCAUUAGUUGAGAAAAUGGGAAAGCAACUUAAUAUCCAAUCUCAAGAAAUUAUUGAUGAAGAAAUGCCAGAUGUCAAUAAUCAACCAAAGGAUAAGAGCAUCGUCAUGAUAGAAGGAUCCCAAAAAAGAUCUAUCGAAGUUGUCUCUGAAGAAAUGAAUACCGCACAAGAUAAAUCUCCCAGUAAGAAAGCGAAGAAGGAAGUUAAAAAUGAAGAUUCCCAGAUGCUGAAAUGA